GUUGUCUGUCUCUUCUGUUUCAUCACUCACACGCCAUCGGACUGAGCACUCUUCUACUUCUCCAUUCUAAACAACUUUGCGAUACCCUCUUUGACAAGCUCAGUCAUCAUCAAACAUACAAUAUGGGAUCUAUUCCAGCUGGUUGGAGGCAACUUGAUGUCGGUGUCGUCGGCGGAGGCAUCGGCGGCAUGAGCGUCGCCAUCGCGCUGCGCCGGGCCGGACACAAGGUUACCAUCUACGAGCGCAACGAUUUCGCCGGUGAGGUCGGCGCCUCCGUCUCAUGCGCCGCCAACGGCACCCGCUGGCUGCACGAGUGGGGUGUGGACGUCGAGAAAGGCGACCCCGUCGUCCUGAAGAGCCUCAUCAACAGGGACUGGAAGACGGGCGAACCCGUCAGCGUGUACAGCCUUGACGACUACGAGAAGCGCUGGGGAUACGUCUACAACAUGUUCCACCGUCAGUACAUGCACGCAAUGCUCAAGGACACGGCGAUGCAGGAGGAGGGCGAGGGUAUUCCGGCCAAGCUAUUGGUCAACCAGAAGUGCAAGAACAUCGACCUGGCCAGCGGAAAGGUGGAGUUCGACACCGGCCUGACUGCCACACACGACCUCAUCGUCGGCGCGGACGGCAUCGGCAGCGUGGUGCGAGGCUUGAUCGGCGUCAAGCCGGAGAAGCGCCCGGCCGACUCGAGCUGUCUGCACGCCAACGUUCUCACCGAGGACGCCGUCAAGGCCGGCCUCGUCGACUACUCGCAAGACGCCGCGCUCGAGUACUGGGGCGGUCAGGAGGGCAAGUGGGACAAGAUCGUCCUCUCGCCCUGCAACGGCGGAAAGCUGCUGUCGUACUACUGCUUCUUCCCUAGAGAGAAGGGCGACUACGUGAACCAGGCUUGGGGUGUCGAGGACCGCCCCGUCGAGGAGUUGCUGGCGCCGUACCCUGAGCUUGACAAGCAGGUCCUUGCGCAUCUCGCUAUCGGCAAGGAUAUCCAGCCCUGGCGUCUGUGGAUGCAUGACCCUUACCCUUACGUCAAUAAGGACAUGGUUUGUCUGUUGGGUGAUGCGGGACAUCCUAUGAUGCCUCACCAAAGUCAGGGUGCAUGCAUGGCCAUUGAAGAUGCCGCUGCUCUUGGAAUUCUCUUCCACCCCAAGUACUUCAACGGAGAUGUUAAAGACACUUUGGAAGUUUACAACACUGUCCGUCUGCCCCGCGCCACGCGUGUGCAGUCGGCCGCUGCCAAGGCCGCGUACAACAUCAACGAGCGUAUUGGUUUCUCAAACAACACCAGCACCAGCACAUACAAGGUUGCGGAUGAGAGAGCUAAGCUCACCAUUGAGGAGAUGAACGGAUACGACAUGUACAAGGACAUCGAGGAGGUCAUUGCUCAACGGUCGGGGGCUCCCUUUACCCAGAAGUUUAUCAAGGGACUGCCCAUAGGAUUGGAGCUUUCUCCUGGCGUCAUCGUUGGGCAGUAAGUGGCAUGGGGUUUGCAAAAGCUUGAAGCUGCUUCUUUCUAUUAAAUCUUUGGGCAUUAAUUGGAGUUUUGGGUCAGGAGAGGAUUGCGACAUGUUCAUAACAAAUUAUUCCCAAUAUUCAACUUGUAUAAAGCAUCAUGGACCG